AUAUUCAGGACAGAAGAAUCCGUUUCCAUCUGUUCUUCCCGUAGCACCCACGAGCAGGUAACAAAUUUGUCCUCGCUACUGGAAAAUAAAAAUCGCAUUCAAGGAAGUGUAAAGGCAGCCCAACCGCUCAUUUUCCCUUAGUAAAGAUGGCGGCGCCCUUACGGUAAAUGACACGUAAAACCAGUUCCGUGUUUCUCCUGCGCCCUCGGCCAAGAUGGCGGACGAGGCCACCCGUCGUAUCGUGUCCGAGAUCCCGGUGCUGAAGACUAACGCUGGACCUCGAGAUCGAGAGUUGUGGGUGCAGCGACUCAAGGAAGAAUAUCAGUCUCUUAUCCGGUAUGUGGAGAACAACAAGAAUGCAGACACUGAUUGGUUCCGCCUGGAGUCCAACAAAGAAGGGACUCGGUGGUUUGGAAAGUGCUGGUACAUCCACGAUCUCCUCAAAUACGAGUUUGACAUUGAGUUUGACAUUCCUAUCACAUAUCCUACUACUGCUCCAGAAAUUGCAGUCCCUGAACUGGAUGGAAAAACAGCCAAGAUGUACAGGGGUGGCAAAAUAUGUCUGACCGAUCACUUUAAGCCAUUGUGGGCCAGGAACGUGCCCAAGUUUGGACUAGCUCAUCUCAUGGCUCUGGGGCUGGGUCCGUGGCUGGCAGUGGAGAUCCCAGAUCUGAUUCAGAAAGGCGUUAUUCAGCAUAAGGAGAAAUGCAACUGAAGAAUCAAGCCACUGAGGCUGGACAGAGGGACCUUUGAUAGGCUAUGUUCCUGCUUUCCUGUGUAUUCCUUACUCAUCUAACUGCUUCCCUCACACUCCUCCACCCACAAUUGUUACCAAGUAGCUGCAUUACUGGAGGGAAAAAAUCAGUAUUGCUACUGAGUUUCUAAGACUACACAGGGAGGGGAAAAACCUGAGGCUUUGGAAAGCCAGAAGUCCAUUACUGGUAUAUAUCCCUUCCUCAAGAGAGGUCCUGAAAGGGCGUGACAGAAAGUGAGUACAUAGUCUUUUCGGUUUCUGGAGGUAACUCAUCAAUAAAAGCUGCUUCCUCUGGUG